AUGGAGGCGGCGGCGCGGUGGCAGCGGCGGCACCGCGAGGUGACGGGGCCCGUCCCGCACUCCUUGGCGCUGCGCCCCAAGCCGCCCAAGGAGGAUGCGUGCGAAAAGGCCGUGCUGGCCGCCAGGCGCAAGGAGAAGGGGCGCCUCGAGUUCGACGACUUCUCCGCGCUCUACAGCAGCUACCGCACGAGCAACGAGUGGCGGGAGCGCUGCGAGCGCCGCCGGCUGCACCGCUGCGUCCAGAGGAGGGUGCACGAGGCCAUGCAGGCCUACCUGGCAGGGAGCGAGGACCGGAGAGAGAGGCUUCGUGAACUGCUGGAAUCAGAGGAGAAUGGCUACUUUGCUGAGAUGGAGUCACUUGAAGAAACAAUCCUGGAAAAACAAGCAAAAAUGAGAGAGCGAGCAAAAUUGCUGAGAGACAAGAGAGAAGAAGAAAGACAGAAACUCGUUACUGAAAAACGAGAGCAGCAAUUCAGAGAGCAGUGCGAGGAGCUGCGCACGCGGCGGGCGCAGAAGCACCAGCRGGAGGUGUGCGCAGACCGGCUGGCCCAGCUGGCGCUCAAGGAGGAGCUGAAAAAGCAGCAGCAGCAGGAGGAGCAAAUGUUCGCCAGGCUCUGGGAAGAGGACCGCUUGGCCAAGGAGCAGCAGGAGGCGGCGGAGAUGCAGAAAGCAGCGGAGCAGCAUCGGGAAUUGCUGAGCUUGCUGGGCGCCCAGGUAGCGGUGCUGGGCGCCCGCAGAGAGGAGGCGAAGCGGCUGAAGGAAGAGGAGGCCCGUGCGCUGGAAGAAGAAAAGCAACAGCUUAAACUAGAAAAUGAACGUCUUCAGAUGGAGAAACUGCGGAAGCAGAAGGAGUGCAGGGACACGUUGGUCAGUGCCGUGCAGGACAAGAUGAAGCGUCUUGGUGAAGAAAAGCAGGAGGAGCUCGCUCUGGAUAUGAAGAUCCUAGAAAAAACUCUUCAGGAAUCCCAGGGAGGUGCUGAGGAGAUAAGGAAAAGAAAACAAGAGCUAUUCAGCGAGCAGCAGACUUACCUGGCACACCUGGCACAGCAGCUGGAGCAGGAGAAACAGCGAGAGAAGGAAGCGGACAAGCUCCUCAAGGAAGAGAUGGAGAAGGCUUGGGCCAAGAAGGCCGAGCAACUGCGCUUGGAAAAAGAGGCCAGAAAACAGCUGCUGAAAGAUGUCCUGGACACGAGGCAACUGCAAAUCGAGGAGAAGUCGGAGAGAAGUGCAAAGGAGCAGGAAGAGCUUGCCCAGGAAAGGAAACUAUUUGCUGAGGCAAUUGCAGAACUCCAACGUAUAGAAGAAGAAAAAUAUGCAAGAAAAGUAAAGGAAGCAAAAGAAUACCAAGAGCAACUCAAGGCUCAGAUUGCCUAUCAACAACAAGCCCGUAAUGCCGAGGAGGAAGAGAAGCAGCGAGAAUAUGAAUCAGCCCUGGCAGCAGAGAGAGCAAACCAAGAAAAAAUAGAGGAUAUUCUAGCAAGGUCUUCUGUGACACUAGCAGAAACUCAUCCCUUGAGAAGGAGACUCAUAUCUAGCACGCAAGAACGUUUAUGACAUUUUYACUUGUUCUAGACUGCACUUCAAAACAUUUUCUAAGGGCGUUUGUAACUAAUUAGCAGGUGCCUCUCCCCUGUUGUGCUCAAAAUAUUUCACUAGCAAAUAGAAGAACUACAAUAUUUUAAAGCCUCCUUUCUCCUUAUUGGAUUUUCUUUGACAAAAUGAUUGAUCCAAAUCAAAGUUAUUUUUUUUAAUAUAAGCACUGUACGUUCUCCAUAGCACAAUACUGUAUUAUUAUGGCAUGAAUGCUGUGCAGGCAUUCCUCAGAAUC